AUGCUGAGAUACGUACGAGGAGGAGCACAAGGCCAAGAGGAAGAUACAGAUGACGAGCAGGAGGAGCAGCCAUGUACAAGCAGUUCAGGCACACAUCAACCCCAGCUGGACAGCAGGAAUUUGUCAUUUAGAGGCUCUUCACAGUGUCUGUAUGAGCCAGACAAUGGCAACUUCUUAAAGGAAGUGGAGCUUUUAGCCAGUUUUGAUCCCGUGAUGGAGAACCACGUGACCAAGAUAACUGAUGAAAGCUCCCGAACGCAUUAUCUUGGACAGCAGACACAAAAUGAACUGAUCCAGAUCAUCUCCACCAAAACAUUACAAACAAUCCAGACACUGAUUCAGGAAGCGAAAUAUUUCUCCAUUAUUCUUGACUGUACACCUGAUAUAAGCCACAAGGAACAAAUGUCCCUCAUCGUGCGAAUUGUUGAUUUGGUGCCAAAGCCAAAUAUCAAGGAGUAUUUCCUUGGUUAUAUGGAGGUGGUUGAAACAACUGGCCUGAACCUGUCUACUGUCCUUCUAGACAAGUUGAAGGAACUCAGCAUUCCGUUUGAUAAUUGCCGCGAACAGGCCUACGACAAUGGAGCAAACAUGAAGGGGAAAAAGCAAGGAGUUCAGGCCCGACUGCUACAACUUAAUUCGAGGGCGUUGUUUGUUCCCUGCGCAGCUCAUUCGAUUAAUCUUGUCAUAGCUGAUGCUGCUAAGUCGUCCAGGGAUGCCACUGGCUAUUUUGGCUAUUUGCAGAAGCUAUUUUGUUUCUUCUCAGGAGCUACACAACGAUGGAGCAUCUUGAAAAAACACAUCAACCUGACUGUGAAAUCAUGGAGUGAUGUGAGGUGGGAGAGCAGGCUUAAGAGUGUCACAGCUGCCAGAAGCCAAAUUAAAGAAAUAAGAAAUGCGCUCAUCGAGGCUAGGCAAACUGUCAAUGACUCAGUUGCAAAAAUAGAGGCUCAAGCCCUGGCAGAAGGGGUGGCAUUUUUUAGAUUUCUGAUCUGUUCUGUUGUCUGGUGUGAAAUUCUUACGACCACUAACCAAGUAAACAAGCUUCUGCAGAUUAGUUCAAUGCAGCUUGACAUUGCUGUCAGGCUCAUUGACAAUGCCAAAACCUCCCUCUCCAGAUACAGGCACUCUGGAUUUGCUGAGGCAGUGUCAUCUGCCGAGGAGCUUUGUGAGGCCAUGAACAUAGAGCCAGAGGUCAAGGAGAAAAGGCUCAGGAACACAAAAAGGCAGUUUGCAUAUGAGACUGCUGACGAGCCCUUCAGUGAUGCCCUCAAAAGGCUUGAGGUAACAUUUUUCAAUAGUGUUGUGGACUCAGCUUUGAUGUCACUGCAGGAGCGUUUUGAGACCAUGACCCAGGAUGAACAGAUAUUGGCUACGGGUUGUGUGGUGCAAGUCUUGGUGGCACAGGUGUCGGAGGUUACUGCCCAGCUCCAACGUUUAGGAUCGGACAUCAACGGAGCGCCCACUGUGCCUACCCAGCCGUCUGAUUCCCCUUGCAGGCACGAUCAGAUCAUCAUACCGAGCCUCGUCUUCCACCUCCUACUUACGGCAGAGACUAAAUGGAACAAGGAGGCACAGUGGGACCACUUCCUCCAUGGGUUGGCUGACCGUGUCCAACGGGAGAUUGUCGGGCUGGAUUUACCCACAACUCUGAAUGGACUGAUCGAGUUGGCGAUUAGAGUGGACAGCUGUCUGCAACAUAGUGAUCAACAAAGAUGUGCUAGUUCGUAUCCAGAGGUGGGGUUCGCCGUUGACACGCUACUCUCCUUCCGGUCAGACUACAGUGGGCAGGGUCCAAUCAAGCUCAUCACAUCCGGUAACCAUACAGAGGAGGAGGAAUCCAUGGACCUGUCUAAUGUACCCAAGGAGUACCUGAACCUGAAGAAAGUGUUCACCAAGAUCAUCCACCCUUCCUCAUCUCCUCUGGGCGCUGGGUUUUUCUUCGUGGAGGAUUCAUUGCAGAUGGAGCGCACAAAGCGUGAUCUCCUGCUGAGUGUGGCGAUGAUGACCGCGGAGCUGGACAGUCGCUUCUACGCCGAUAACCUGCUGACCAGCGAGGACUGGGAUGCCUGUCUCUACCAGUGUGAGGAUAUGGAUGAGGAUUUCACCGGAGAACUGAAAUAUGACACAUCGCUGGACAGUGAUCUGGUCCUCACGCUGGACCCUGAUGACCCCACAUCACCGUGGAAGAACCUGGAUGACGACCUGACAGUGUCAGGCUUGAAGGAUGAAAUGACUGUAACACAGCCUCUGCCAGUGGACAUGUUUUUCCAGGUGAAGACUGAACCUCCAUCACCUGCCUCGUCUCUGACCUCUGACAGCUCUAUCCCAUCUCUCCCUGAAGCUCAGGUGACGGUGAAGAGUGAGAACCCCCCCACUCCACCGUACAUGUAUGGAGACGUGCUCUCACCGCCGCUGUCCAGUGUGGAGGUCACCGUCAGCAGCAUCACUCCACAGCAGCCUCCGCUUCCUCUGACCUUACAGCAGCACGUGAUCAGCAGCCUCGACACACAGCACACAGUGCUCUCCGCAGCAGCCACGCUGAAGGCCAGCAGUAUUGUGAGCAGUAAACCUCUGAUCCAGCCCAAGCCCGUGUGUGUGGCUCAGAGCUCCAGUCCGGCCAAAGCUCUCCUCCUGCAGAGCGUCCCACCCGUCGAGCAGAGCACCAGGCCCGUGGUUCUGUCCCAGUCCGUCUGUCUGGGUUCUGCUCCUGCUAUUGUUAAAGUGGAGCCGUUGUCUCCCAGCAUGCCCCUCUGCACUAGCCCCUCAGCCGUGCUCCCGAGCAAACCCAUCAUCCCAGCAUCCUCCCUGCCUGGAAACAUCUGCAGUGACAUCGACAUGAAGGUUUUGAAGAGGCAGCAGCGUAUGAUCAAGAACCGUGAGUCGGCCUGUCAGAGCCGCAAGAAGAAGAAGGAGUACCUGCAGAACCUGGAGGCGCAGCUUCAGGAGGCGCAGCAGGAGAACGAGCGUCUGCGCAGGGAGAACCAAGCGCUGCGACUGCGGCUCGCCGGGAGAGAGGCCCCGGAGUCUGGCAGCAACAAGAGAGCUCUGUGUGUGAUGGCUCUGUUCCUCUUCAUCACCUUUACCUUCAGUCCCGUCAGUCUCAGAGACAGGACGUUGGAAGCUGGUAUCGAGGAAGCGUCUAACCCUCAGACAGGAAGACGCUUGCUGGAGUUUGAGAGAUCUCAGGAACUGAGCAGGAAACGAGCAACUGAGAGAACCACGGAGCAGAAGACAGACAGAGAGGAGGAAGAACGCUGGAGGAAAGGAGAGCUGGACAAGAAGGCUGCAGUCUCGUAUGAGUUCAGGAAUCAGAGUGAUGUGUUCAGUGAUGUUAAAGACCUCCUCCUUCAGGACAUAGACAGAUAUUUCUCAUCCUCUGACUGCAGACAAUUCAACCGCUCAGAGUCCCUCAGGUUGGCGGAUGAGCUGCGUGGAUGGGUCCAUCGUCAUCAGAAUAACCGGAAGUCUGAUAGAAAGGCGAAGGUUGUGAAGAAAACUAAAAUAGCUCAGAAAGCUCAGCACAAAAAGACAAACUUUUCCAGGUACCUUCCAAUUCAGGCUCAUCGUUCAAUCGAAAGUCAGCUGCAGGUCCUGCCUGGGCCAGAGAUCAGCUACAGCGACUUUCUGGAUGCUAUUGAUCGGCGUGAGGACACUUUCUACGUUGUAUCAUUCAGACGGGAUCACCUGCUGUUACCUGCCAUCAGCCACAAUAAAACAACUCGACCCAAAAUGUCUCUGGUCAUGCCUGCCAUGGCCAUCAAUGAUUCCGUGUAUAACUCGUCUCAGGGCGGCUAUGAAAUGAUGAUGCAGGUGGACUGUGAGGUGAUGGACACGCGGAUCAUCCCAAUCAAGUCCUCUGUAGUCCCGCCCUCUCUCAGAGACCCACCCCCCACUCCGCCCCCCCAUCAUCAGCAUGCCAACCACACCUCGCUGCGCAGCCGACAGCAUCACUUGCAGGGCAGCGGGGCGUCGUCGAGGCGGAGGACCGCGGGUUACUUCAUCAGUCAGAGCGGAUCCGAUUGAGAGAGUCUGAGAGCAGGAACAAAAGACUCUCCAGCAGUAGUUUAAGGUUCUGUUACUCUCGAAUCAACCCUGGGAACAGAGGACAAAUGAUCAGACACGUAUAUGAUAAGGUGAAAUGACUGAUGGCCCGUUGCACUUAUGUGGUUAGCGCUGGAGGUUUCCGCGUGUGUGGCCUCGCGUUUCCUUCCCUCCUGUUAGCAGUAGCCUGUUUGUUCAAACCUUCUGUUCCUAUAUCAUCUGCUCUCUUUUUUUAUACAUACCUUGUGUUGUUUUUGUUGUUUUUUCUUUUCUUUUUUAUUGAGAUUAUUUAAAAAAUAAUGUGCUUCUAUUAGAUUAUAAAAGCAUUAUAAAUAUUGAUUUGAAUGUAAGAAAUGAUUGUGUAUGUACUGUUUGUAGAUAUCCUUUGCUCUGUCACAGGUGACUGCUGGUCCAGUGUAAAGCUGCUGGUUUGCUGGUCUUUCUCAUCACAGCUUGAUUUUUCUUUUUGAUGGCUGGGCU